AUGUAUAAUACACUGAAAAAGAAAGUUCUAUUGGUUACAUUUAUUUUAAUAUAUAUAAAUUUAAAAAUAGUUUUUAAUAAAAAAGCUAAUUAUAUUUUUUUUAAAAAACCUAAUUAUAUAAAUGAAGAAGCAUACACAAAAUAUUUUUAUAUUCCUAAAUAUAAAGCAUACCAUAAAAAAAAAAAAAAAAUAAAGAUAUGUAAUUCGUAUAAUGAAUCAAAUAAAAUUAGGCCAGAAAGGAAAAUGGAAUGUUAUGAAUUAAAUAUAAGAAAUGAUAAAAAAUUUCCAAAAUAUGCAAAAAAACCUGCAUGCCCUUUAUCAAAUUUGUUUUAUUUUUCUCCAUUCAAAAAUAUUGUAGAUAGUUUUGAACCAAUAGACUACAAUGUAAAACAAAGAUUGAAAGAAGAAGGUUUUCAAUUUGAAAAUGAAAAGAAGGAAUCAAAUAUUUUUCCAAGUUUAGACGAAAUUAUAAAAAAUGGUGAUCCAUCAACAAAUAUGCAUUUCUAUAGAAGAAAAAAAUUAAAAAGUUUAUUAUAUGGAGACCCUCUUAAAUUUGUUAAGGCAAAAAAAGUGAUAGAAAAAUAUAACAGAAGAGCACCACCAGAGAAACAAAUAAAUUAUGACAUGUUUAGGUGUGAUAUCUAUUACGUUCACUCUGAUGGAACUAUAAUGAAUAUUGAAGAAAAUAGACCUCCAUAUGAUAAAAAAUUAGAAGAAAGUCAAAGAUAUAAAGAACCAAGAUUUCUAAUAACGACUGCGCCAGGGCAUGCUAAAAAAAAUAAUUUAAAGAUUGGUGAUAAAUUUCCUAUAAUAAACGAGAAAGAAAAAAGAAAACUUUUUGACAAUCAUUUUGCAAGGCCAAAAAAAGUUAGAGAUCCAUUAAUCUUGCCAGAUGGAAGAAAAAUUCCUUAA